ACUUUCCUCUCUCUCCCGAACAACCGCCCAAACCAAAUCGCAUUUUUCCCCCUCCCAAGUGUCGUCGUGUCGUGUGUCGUCUUAUCCCGACCGAUUAAGUUAGUUGAACAAGAACCAUGGCUGCAACGGGCGAACUCGCUAUCCUCAGUGUGUCCAACAAGGCGGGACUGCUGGACCUGGCCAAGAAACUACAGCAGGCCGGGCUGAGACUGGUGGCUUCGGGUGGCACUGCCAAGGCCAUCAGGGAAAUCGGCUUGCCCGUCAAGGAUGUGUCCGAGAUCACAGGGGCUCCCGAGAUGCUGGGCGGCCGUGUUAAGACUCUGCACCCUGCAGUUCACGGAGGCAUUCUGGCCCGCAAGAUUGACAGCGAUCUCGCCGACAUGAACAGGCAGGGCUACGAGUUUGUGAGCGUGGUGGUGUGCAACCUGUACCCCUUUGUGGAGGCCAUCUCCAAGCCAAACACGACUGUGGCAGAGGCUGUCGAGCAGGUGGACAUUGGUGGCGUCACUCUUCUGCGGGCCGCUGCCAAGAACCAUGAACGGGUGACCAUCAUCUGCGAUCCCGACGAUUACGAUGUGGUUGCCAAGGAGAUGCUGUCGUCGCCGACCAGGCAGACGUCCCUAGAGACCAGGAGGCGUCUGGCCGUCAAGGCGUUCCUGCACACGGCCCAGUACGACGCGGCCAUCUCGGACUACUUCCGCAAGCAGUACCUGGCGGGCGUGGCACACCUGCCGCUGCGGUACGGCACCAACCCGCACCAGACGCCCGCCCAGCUUUGCACGUCCCUGCCCCGCCUGCCCCUCUCCGUGGUGAAUGGGUCCCCCGGCUUCAUCAACCUGUGUGACGCCCUCAACGCGUGGCAGUUGGUGAAGGAGCUCAAGGCCGCCCUGGGCAUCCCUGCCGCCACCUCCUUCAAGCACGUCAGCCCUGCCGGUGCGGCGGUGGGCAAUCCCUUGACGCGGGACGAGGCGAAGCUGUGCAUGGUGGACGACCUGUUCGACAGCCUCACCCCCAUCGCCACUGCAUACGCCAGGGCCAGGGGAGCCGACCGAAUGUCUUCCUUUGGAGACUUCCUGGCCCUGUCUGACGAGUGCGACGCUGUCACCGCCAAGAUUGUCUCCCGAGAGGUGUCGGACGGCGUCAUUGCCCCUUCCUACAGUGCCGAGGCCCUGGAGAUUCUCCGCAAGAAGAAAGGUGGAAACUACUGCGUCCUCCAGAUGGACCCGACGUACGAGCCGACCCUGAUGGAGUCACGCACCCUGUUUGGCCUGACCCUGGAACAGCGUCGCAACGAUGCCAAGAUCGACCCCUCCCUCUUCACCCAGAUCGUCUCCAAGAACAAGGACCUGCCGGAGUCUGCGGUGAGGGACCUGAUUGUGGCCACCAUUGCACUCAAGUACACCCAGUCCAACUCGGUCUGCUACGCCAAGGACGGACAGGUGAUCGGCAUCGGUGCUGGCCAGCAGUCACGUAUCCACUGCACUCGCCUCGCUGGAGACAAGGCCAACAACUGGUGGCUGCGUCAACACCCCAACCUGAAGGCGAUGGUGUUCAAGAAGGGGGUCAAGCGGGCCGAGAUCUCCAACAUCAUCGACGUCUACGUCGGAGGCGUCUUCGGUCAGGACAUGCCGCUGGAGCAGUACCACAACUCUGUUGAGAACCCGCUGCCACAGCUGACCGAGGCAGAGAAGAAGGACUGGAUCUCCAAGAUCUCCGGGGUGGCCCUGAGCUCGGACGCCUUCUUCCCGUUCAGGGACAACAUUGACCGGGCUCGCCAGAGUGGAGUGCAGUACAUAGUGAGUCCCGGCGGCUCGACCAACGACCAGGGAGUGAUUGAGGCGUGCGACGAGUACGGCAUCACCCUGAUCCACUCGGGCCUCCGGCUCUUCCAUCACUGAGGCCAACCCCCCGGUGGUGCCAAAGCUGGGACCAGCAGGCAACUGGCAACUGGCGUCUGGUACUAAUUUGUUGCCUAGAAUUCUAUCACUUAUUUUUUUAUAAAAGUUUUACGGAGACUCGUGCGUGCGAGCAGCCACUUUUGGGCUUUUCCACAGAUCAACUGAUGCGAAGUGGUCGCCUGAAGAAAUGGAUGUCUAGGAUUUUGUAGCGGUGCUUCCGUCACGACGACAUGUGUUACAAGAGGCGGACUCAACAUGGUUCAACCCUUGCCAAAUGUCAAUUGUGUGCAAUUUUUCGUAUAUGUCUAAAUGAGCCGUUCAGAAAGUCUUUUCUCAUGGGGCAUGUCGUAAACGUGCAUUCUGUUAUUCUGCUUGCCUGGUUAAUAAAGCAUACUUUUUCAGUAGUAAAA